UUCGGUGCAAUAUCUGCUGCAGCUGACUGGUUACUUGGGCAUUCCUGUCAUUUCAUGGAAUGUCGACAAUGUAGGAUUAGAACAGAGAGUUGCGGAGUCUAAAAUUCUUCAGUUAGCUCCAUCAGUUGAACAUCAAGCUGAAGCCAUGCUAAGUAUUCUAAGACGAUAUUCUUGGCAUUCUUUUGCUGUGAUUACAACUCAGAUAGGAGGGCAUGAAGAUUUUGUACGAGCAAUAAGAGAUUUAAUGCAAAAAACAUUAUACCAUGAGUUUAAAUUCACGAUAGUGAAAAUAGUUACAUUGAAAGAAACUGAAAGGGAAGCAAUCCGUAGUGAAAUGGAAGAUUUGGCAGACAGUGAAGCACGUAUCAUUCUUCUUUUUGCCUCGAGGCAGGAGGCAUUCGAAAUCAUGGGGGCGGCGAGAGAUUUGGGCCUCACUGGCAAGCACUAUGUGUGGAUUGCUGCUCAAUCAGUGAUUGGAACACAGCUGGAUACUCCACCAGGACAUUUCCCACCAGGAAUGUUAGGUGUUUAUUUCAAUACCACAAUAAAUCGACUCUUUGAUGAACUUGAAAGAGCUGUUACUGUCUUCGCUCAUGGUCUAGAGCUGUACUUCAAUGACCAGAGAAAUUCAAAUACCAAUCUUCUUCCAAAUUUAACGUGUAACGGAACAGGUCAGACUCGUUGGAAUAAGGGCGACUUGCUUUUUAAAUAUCUAAGAAAUGUAACAGCCUCAGUGAAGCAAGGUCCUAGUAUCAGUUUCAACAUGGACGGUUCUUUGAAAUACGUUGAUCUUCAAAUAUUGAAUUUGAAUAACAAAGGAGUUUGGGAAAAGAUUGGCGUAUGGUCAGAUACAGGACUCGACAUCAAAGACAUCGUUUGGCCAGGAGACAGUCCCGUACCUCCUCCCGGCGUUCCAGAAAAAUUCAAUCUAAAAGUGACCUUCUUAGAUGAACCGCCGUUCGUCAAUGUCCUUCCCCCCGAUAAUGAGACUGGGGAAUGCAAGACGAGCCGUUCGGUUCGAUGUAGAAUCGCACCUGAGCACAAGUUAAUUGGAAUAAAUCAUUCAAUUGCAAUCCGGAAUCCAAACUUCUACCAGUGUUGCUCAGGUUUUUGUAUUGACCUGCUGCAAAAAUUUGCUCAUGAUCUCAAAUUCUCAUAUGAUCUGUAUCGUGUUGAAGACGGAACCUGGGGAGUUCUUAGUCAAAAUGGCACUUGGAAUGGAUUGAUAGCUGAACUGCUCAAUCAAAAAGCAGAAAUUGUAGUCACUUCCAUUAAAAUCAAUUCCGAACGCCAAACAGCUGUAGAUUUUACAGUUCCAUUUCUCGAAACAGGGAUCGCCAUCGUAGUCGCUAAGCGCACGGGUAUAAUAUCACCAAAAGCUUUCUUAGAGCCGUUUGAUACUAUAUCCUGGCUAAUGAUAUUACUUAUCAGUAUACAAGGCGCUGCUUUGGCGAUAUUCUGUUUUGAAUGGCUCAGUCCUUAUGGUUACGACAUGAAAAUGCUACCACCAAGAGAGGAUCCGUUUGACAGCAGAAAAAAUCACAAAUUUUCCUUAUUUCGGACUUACUGGCUGGUGUGGGCUAUACUUUUUGGUGCUGCUGUCAACGUUGAUUGCCCCAGAGGUUACACGGCUAGAUUUAUGUCAAAUGUAUGGGCUAUGUUUGCAGUCGUUUUUCUCGCCAUCUAUACCGCCAACUUGGCUGCUUUCAUGAUCACACGGGAAGAAUAUUAUGAUUUGUCAGGAAUUGACGACAAACGACUCACGAAUCCUUACAUGACCGAUCCUCCAUUUCGUUUUGGAACAAUACCUAAUGGAAACACAGAAGCCGUCCUCAAGAGAAAUAAGCACCGGCUCUAUACAUGGAUGCGCAAAUUCAACAGGUCAUCGGUGCAGUUAGGGGUGGAGGCAGUUAAAAGAGGAGAAUUGGAUGCUUUCAUAUAUGAUGCUACUGUUUUGGAGUACCUGGCGGGACAAGAUAAUGAAUGCCGAUUAUUGACCGUUGGUACUUGGUAUGCAAUGACGGGCUACGGAUUUGCUUUGCAAAAGAAAUCGAAAUAUCUCAGCAUGUUCAACAGAGCAAUGAUACAGUACCGCGAAAAUGGUGACCUGGAACGCCUCCAAAGAUUCUGGUUGCAAGGCGCUUGCAAACCGACGAGAAAUAAACGGAAUGUCAGUAAACCACUAGAUGUGAAUCAGUUCAUGAGUGCUUUUCUUCUGUUAGGAUGCGGGGUACUGUUCACGAUUCUGGUUUUACUGCUGGAGCACAUUUACUUCAAGUACAUUAGAAAACAUCUGGCUAAAAAAGACACAGGGGAUUGUUUCACUCUGAUAAGCUUGAGCAUGGGAAAAUCUUUGAGCUUCAGAGGUGCUGUCUACGAAGCUACAGACCUCAUCAAACACCACCGCUGCAAAGACCCUGUCUGCGACACCCAACUUUGGAAGACUCGACAUGAGCUGGACAUGGCCAACAUGAAAAUUCGUCAACUCGAAGCCAGCAUUCAAGCUGCUCUGAUGUCACCUACCCUUCGAGAGUCAUGGUCUCCAGACUAUGCCAAACCACGUGAUCUUACGCAGAACUUAAUUGUAAGCAACGAACCACGAAUCUCCAAUUUUUCACUUCCCCCUGGCUAUAGAACUCAUCCACUUCACCCAUAUGGCCCGCACUACGUUAAAAAUUUCAACAACAUGGAAAUCGCAGAGAUUGAGACUGUAUUAUGAUCUGUGUGAAAAAAAAAGACUUUCGUCGGAUAAAAUGUUUAAUACAUGUUAUUAACAGAAAAAACAGGAUUUUAUACGCACGCACGCAGAGCAUAAAAUAAUUUCAAGUUUUCAAUUAAUUAUUAAUUUAAAUUUGAGAGCCAAACUAA